AUGGCGUCAAGCCUUCCCAACGGUGUCUAUACGAAUGGCGUCCUGAAUGACCAGGACAUGCGAGCUGUUUCCACAAUCAACGGUCACCUCACACCCCGCGCUGUUCAAGCACCCACCUUGCAAAACAUCCAGGACUACCGUGGCUCUCUUUCAAAUGAUCGUCUUGCGACGACCUCGUUCCCGACAUCUGCGUAUGAGACUCGGCCGCUAGUCAAUGGGUUGACGGUCCCGUCCGCUCCGCCUCCCAGUCCUGUUAGCGCAAGGUACCCCGAGGAGACUACUGCUCCCCACGUCGACCGAGAUCCUAUCCAGCCGCAGCUCGAUGCCUACCAUUUCCAUGGCAACUUCAGCCAGCCAGCAGGAACCUAUCGUCGCAAUCCUCUGCAGCACCCCCCACCUUCACAGAACAUCCCGAUUGUCCCAUUGCCAGUUAUUGCAGCGCUAAAAGUGGAGACCUUCGCAUUCAAUGUCUUGGAAACCGGUGCAAAGUCAGUCACGACCACAUAUGUCACAUUCAACCUCACUGCGGUCAAACAAAACAACCUUUUGACGCAAGGACAUAUCGAUCAAUCUCAAGAGCGGUCCUACAUGCUCAUGGAGAACAAUGAAGGUUCCUUGAUUGAUCUGGGAAUCCAAACCUACGUCAAAGGUCCUGCCGACAAGCUUUUUGAGGUUGGAGUUCAAAGCAUCCAGGAGCUACGUGCCAAAGAUCACUGGACUCUUUUGAUCAAGCUCGGUACAAAAGAGAACACUCUGAGAUCGAAACUCUCCAGCUCCUUCCGAUCAGACACCAAAACGUCGUCAUCUCUUUCCCUGAUCGACCAGUUCUUGGCAAGCCUUCAGAUGGACGGCAAGAGGAGCGAACCCGUUUCUAUCGAGGCAAUCAUCAAGUAUCGACAUGCAUUUCUGCCAAACGAUACGACUUUAGAGACGCGGGCCGUCUGCCACGUUGGCUCGCUCGCUUCCGCCUCUUCCAUGGACGCUGUUGAGGCCGGAGAGCUCGCAGGCGCCAUCGUCCAUGCGCUUGAUCCAGGGGUGAGCACGGUCAAGCUGCUCUCGGUCGAGCGACCAGAGCGACAACACCACCUGGAUCUAGGUGGCGGCCAGGCGCUGGCACUCAUCUACGACUUCCGACAUGCGAUGGGCCAUGUCGUGUCGGAAUCGGUCACCUGGGACCUCGCGGUCCUAGAGACCUAUUACCGACAGGUCCUGGCGUUGGAGACCUCUCCGGAGGCUCCAUCGCUCCGAGAUACUCUUUGCCGCCGUGUGGCAACGGUGGCGAAGAGGUUCUCGCCGAGGAAGUCGGGUGGUGCCGGCCCUGGCGGCGAGGGGCGCGUGGAAUAG